AUGGUGACAAAAUUUUAUCAGCACCCUCUGGCCUUGGCAUUUGCUGUAGAUGAGAUCAACAGGAAUCCCAACAUCUUACCCAAUGUCACUCUUGGGUUUCACAUCUAUGACACAUACAUUGAUGAUAAGAUGACCUACCGUAGUACUCUGGAUAUGCUCUAUAAAUCACAUAGAUAUUUUCCCAAUUAUGAAUGUGACACCCGGAAAAACUUAAUGGCUGUCAUAGGGGGGCUUCAGUCCGAUACAUCCUUCCACAUGGCAGACGUUCUAGAACUCUACAAGAUUCCACAGCUCACGUAUGGGUCAUUUGCCCCCACGGACAGGGACAACGCAAAAUCCCCUUCCUUCUUCCGCAUGGUUCCCAACGAAGCCCAUCAGAACUUAGGUCUUCUCCGGUUACUUCAGCAUUUUGGAUGGAUAUGGAUUGGGAUCUUUGCUGAGACGGAUGAUAGUGGAGAACAUUUCCUGCAGGAAAUGAUGGUGCCCCUUUCAUUGUGCAAUGACUACUGCCCUCUGGGGACUCAAAAGAAAAAGAAGGAAGGGAAGAAAUUUUGCUGUUACGAUUGUGUUUCUUGCCCAGAUGGAAAAAUUGCAAAGCAGAAAGAUAUGGAGGACUGUAUCAAAUGUCCAGAAGAUCAAUAUCCAAGCAAGGCACAAGAUCGAUGUAUUCUCAAGAUAAUCAGUUUUUUGUCCUAUGAAGAACCUUUAGGGAUCAGUUUAGCUUCACUUGCGGUUUCUUUUUCCCUAAUCACUGUGUUGGUGCUGGGAAUUUUUGUCAAGUGCAGAGAUACACCUGUUGUCAAAGCCAACAACCGGGACAUAACCUAUGCUCUGCUAAUCUCUCUCUUGCUCUGCUUUGUUUCUUCUUUGCUUUUCCUUGGACAACCUACCAAGGUUACCUGUUACCUCCGACAACCUGCUUUUGGCACCAUCUUCUCAGUGGCUGUUUCUUGUGUUUUGGCCAAAACUGUCACUGUGGUUGUAGCUUUCAUGGCCACAAAACCAGGGUCCAGCAUGAGGAAAUGGAUGGGCAAAAGACUGGCAAAUUCUAGUAUUUCUCUUUGUUUCCUUGGCCAAGCAACCAUUUGUAUGAUGUGGCUAGGAACAUCUCCUCCAUUACCAGAUUUAGACAUGCAAUCAAUGCCUAUGGAGAUUGUAGCAGGGUGUAAUGAAGGCUCUACCAUCAUGUUUUAUAGUGUUUUGGGCUAUAUGGGACUUUUGUCCCUUAUCAGCUUGACUGUAGCUUUCCUAGCCAGGAAAUUGCCAGAUAGUUUCAACGAAGCCAAGUUCAUCACCUUCAGCAUGCUGAUCUUUUGCAGUGUUUGGUUGUCUUUUGUUCCGACCUACCUGAGCACCAAAGGGAAAUAUAUGGUAGCCGUGGAGAUCUUCUCCAUCUUGGCCUCCAGUGCUGGCUUACUGGGCUGUAUCUUUUUCCCCAAGUGCUACGUUAUUCUUCUGAGGCCUGAGUUGAACAAAAGGGAACAAUUAAUACGGAGAAAGAAUCAAUUAACUUAA